CCCGAAGAUGCCUGCUGGUUUGUUUUGGUUUGUUCGUUGGUUCCCCUGGUUAUUUGCCUUUGUUUGCAUUUUCAGAUUCCAUACGAGUUCUUAACACCAUUACAAGCUGCUGUUGGAGUGGUUCAAAAGGGUCUACGUCCUACAAUUCCAAAGCAUGCUAACCCGAGGCUCACUGAACUUCUCGAGAGAUGCUGGCAGCAAGAUCCGGCACUAAGACCCGAUUUCGCUGAAAUUAUAGAGAUUUUACAGCAAAUUGCCAAGGAGGUAGAAGAUGAAGGUGAGGAUCGAAGGAAAUCUUCGGGAGGAUUUUUGUCUGUCCUUAGAAGAGGCCACCAUUAAAGACAAAAGACGUGUUAUACGGUAGAUAUGUUCAUAACUUGAAUAUAAAGCUUUUUAGCUAUGUCGGACAGGCCAUUCCCGCCAUUUUCAUCAGCACUGUACAGUAUUUUUCAUUCACUUGUUUCUCUUAUGAUUUA